AUGGAGGAGCCGGUGGACAUGGACCGUGGCUUCUUCAGGGAAGUGGACGUUCCCGGUCAUGCACACUACAUAGUGGCCUUCUUCGUGGCCGUCAUCGGGGCUGUGGGAGUGAUCGGAAACAUGCUGGUCAUGUAUGCCUUCUUCAGUAACAAGAAACUACGGACACCUCCGAACUACUUCAUCAUGAAUCUGGCAGUGAGCGACUUCCUCAUGGCCAUCACUCAGUCACCCAUCUUCUUCGUCAACUGCAUGUACAAGGAAUGGGUGUUUGGUGAAAUGGGUUGUAAGAUGUACGCCUUCUGUGGCGCUCUGUUCGGAAUCACAUCCAUGAUCAACCUUCUGGCCAUUUCCAUCGACCGCUACAUCGUGAUCACCAAACCCCUGCAGGCCAUCCGCUGGACGUCCAGACGCCGGACGCUCAUUAUCAUCCUCCUGGUCUGGAUCUACUCUCUGUGCUGGAGUCUGGCGCCUCUUAUGGGAUGGAGUUCCUAUAUCCCAGAAGGCCUCAUGACGUCCUGCACAUGGGACUAUGUGACGUCCACGCCGGUGAACAAGAGCUACACCUUGAUGCUCUGCUGCUUUGUGUUCUUCAUCCCUCUUGGAAUCAUCUCUUACUGCUACUUCUUCAUGUUCCUCGCCAUUCGGAAUGCAAGCAGAGAUGUGGAGAACCUGGGCAGUCAUGUGAGGAAGACAGCAUUCAUCCAGCAGCAAUCCAUAAAGACCGAGUGGAAGCUGGCGAAGAUCGCAUUCGUGGUCAUCAUUGUGUUCGUUCUGUCCUGGUCUCCUUACGCCUGCGUCACUCUCAUCGCCUGGGCAGGGUACAGCCACGUUCUCACGCCGUACUCCAAGGCAGUUCCUGCAGUGAUUGCCAAAGCAUCAGCCAUCUACAAUCCCUUCAUCUACGCCAUCGUACGCUCCAAAUACAGAGACACGCUGGCUGAGAAGGUGCCAUGUCUGCAUUUUCUUUCCCAGUCAUCACGUAAAGAAUGCAUCUCGGUGUCCAACAGCGAGUCUUCCUUCAAGGAGCCCAUGCUUAGCCGACAGUCAUCACAGUCAAAGGUCAAGCUCCAGCGAGUCUCCUCUAUGUCCACCGCAGACACGCCUGCAGCCACAGAGAGCGGCUCUUUGAAUGACUGCGGCCUUGACUUGGUGUCCGAGUCCGUCAACAUGGCCACUGUUCCUCUUCUCAUGGCCAAAAACACUCCAGGGGAGGAACAAGAGGAGGAGUGCAAGGAGGAACAAGAGGAGAGUAAUUCUCUGAGCCCCCUGAGCAAUGGUUUGGCUUUUUAUGAAGACAUGCAGGAGCCACAAAUCAUUAUUGUCCCGACAUCAGAGCAGACCAGAGAAGACAAAUUAAUACUGGACCUCAAGAGCCUGAACUGCUCCAGUGAGCUUCUGGAGUCUGUUGAGAAAUUCCUCUCCUGA